UCAGAUCUAGGGUAACCAGAGCCGAUUUCAACCCCUCAGAAGAUGGUUCCCACUUUGCUGCUUCUUAGCCUUGCAGCUUUUUGCACAACUGUAACACCUGCAAAAGUAUGUGGCCGGCCUCGUUUCUCUGAUGGAGUUGAUAUUUCGUCCCUGAAACGUGUGUUUGAGGUUGGAGAGGAGGUGACCCUCUCAUGCGAGCAGGGCUACUUACCUUCGACGGCCUCCCUCCCCAGGAUAACCUGCACGGCUGCUGGAGAAUGGACAUCAGCAAACCUUGCAUGUUCCCCCAAGAUGUGCCAGAUCCCGAGGCCUUUGCAGCCAUUUGCAAAAGGCAGAACAGAAGCUCCUUUUAAGAGCGUUCUUAACUUCUCCUGUGAUGACGGGUAUGUCAUGGUUGGAGCUAAUGAAAGCAGGUGUUUACAUGACGGCACUUGGAGUAAUCCGCCUCCCGUUUGCAAAGGUGUGAGCUGUCCACUACCCAGACCACCAAGAGAGGGAAGAAUCGCCUACGAUAAGCCGGCAACAGGAACAGAAACUAUCUAUGGACAAGGCUGGACUUACGAGUGCAACCCACCCAAGGCACCAACGUAUGAAAGAGGGUCCUGCAUGGCUGAUGGGAGAGCAACUGAACCCCCUGUUUGUAGAGAGGUGAGCUGCCCCAUUCCACCAAGUAUACCCAAUGGUGUGAUCACAUUUGCUAUAAUGAGGCAACAUGGAUACAAAGAGAAGGUUAAGUAUUCCUGCAAUGAGCACUAUACUCUGGAGGGUGAGGCUGAGAUUCAGUGCCAAAACACAGGAACCUGGUCAUCACUGCCAGCCUGCAGGGCUCCCUGCACAGUUGGCAUCAAAAGAGGGCGCAUCUUUUACAAUGGCAGAAAGAUGUGGAUUGAAGAUCUGAAGCCAAACAGAGUGCUCCAUAAAGAGCCCGUUGUCUUUUACUGUAAGAACAAAGUUGAUAAAUGUGGCUACCCUGUUGCCAGCACCUGUAACGAUGGAAACCUCCCCAUUCCUGACUGCUUUGAGGAACCAGGCAAAAUAGAGUACAACUUAAGGUCUAAAAACCUUCCAUCAGAAAUCAGGACGUGUGCCGCUCUGCCCGCUACAAACCCAACAAGUUCUCCAAGACCUUCCUGAGCAAUUAAUGGAGCCAAUAUUAAGAACCACGCUGAGACGAAGGCCAUCAUCAUCAUCAUCAUAUCUCAAGCUUUUUUUUAAAAUUUACAUUGUCAGUGAAUAAAAGCAAGAUUAUCAAAAUGUGUGAUACUGCAACUAUAAACCUCUAAUAAAAAUUAUUGCAAAGUGCAUCCCAGCUCAAUUACAUAUAAGUUUAUAUCAUGCCAAUUAAAAGCAAGUGUUAUUUUAAGGUCCAUUCAAUUUCUAAUUUGUCAAAAGUAUUAAAUAAAUUAAGAUAAAAGAUCAAUGUAUGUUAGUAGAAGUUAGUGCCCUUUGUGGAGUGAUGGCCUAGUGGUUAGAGCAGUGAGAUUGUGCUCUGAGAAGGUUACAAGUAACUGGUUUGAUCCCCACAGCCUUCACUCUGGGUCCCUGAGCAAGACCCUAAACACCACACUGCUCCCCAGGCGCCGCACAAUGGCAGCCCACUGCUCCCCAAGGGGAAGGGUUAAAUGCAGAGGUAAAUUUCUCCAAUGUGAAAUCAAUAAAUUCCAACUAUCAAUAUUCAUGCAACAGUAAAACCUGUCAAUGAAAGUAAAUAAAAUCUCAAUUUUAAAUGGAAACACUUGCAGUAUUGAUUGUUGGGAAGAAUCGCGUUGCUAUUUUAAAUCAAAAUUUUGAUUAUUUUUUUUUUCCCAACCCAAAUGGUGACUGUGGUUUAAUCCUGCCUUUAGUUUGUGUCUUAUUCUUGGUAAAUGAAAAAUAACUCAAAUUUGAACACCACUGUGAUUUGUAAACGGCAUUAAAAAAAAAAUGAGAUAACAUUCAAAAUAUAAUUGUCAGUCACUAAUGCACAUGUUGGUGGUAAUAU